AUGGUCCUGCCUAGUAGAGGUUUAAAACCUCCUUCAGCCACGGAGCUACCGUCCAUCUUCCAGUAUGCGAAAAGCCAGUGGGCACCACUUACGCGAAGUAUAACUGAGGACUCCCCACACUGGGCCAAGUUCCGCGCGCUCGCACUCGAACCAAAUUUGUCAUGGCGAUUGCAUCCUUGGACACCUCUAGGGGAGUCUCUUGAUUCUCACUACUCUGGGUUAUUAGGAUGGGCCAUAGUACAUCGUCAUGCCCCUCUCCUAGAUCUUUUGUUCAGCUUGCAUGACCGUAAGCCCAACAAUAACAUUUUUAACGUACCAUUCUAUUACUACAAUAAUCUUCCAGCCCUACACUUGGCGUCAAGAAACGGUGAUAUUGAGAUUGUAAAACGGCUGCUUCAAGUGUGCAAUCUCAAAAAGUUAGAUAAUAAUCAUCGAACAGGUCUUCAUCACGCGGCGGAGACAGGUCAUUCAGAUAUUGUUUUGCUACUGCUCCAAAGAAGAGUGAACUCGAAAGCCCAAGAUAACAGAGGGCAAACGGCUCUGCAUCUUACGGCAGCAAAUGGACACGACAGAGCGGUACAAGCACUAAUCGCGGUACAAGCACUAAUCGAUCAAGGCGCGGACGUCGACCAGAAGGAUAAUAUGAGACAGACGGCGCUUUUUCUGGCAGCGAGAAACGGGCACGAGGGCGUGGUCAAGCUGCUGCUCGACAGGGGCGCCAAUAUCGAGGCCAAGGACAACAUCGGUCGGACGCCGCUGUAUUGGGCCGCCAGGAACGGGCAUGAGGCCGUAGCCAAGCUCCUGCUCGACAACGGCGCCAAUAUCGAGGCCAAGGACAACAUCGGUCGGACGCCGCUGUGGUGGGCCGCCCUGAACAGGCACGAAGCCGUUGUCCAGCUGCUGCUUGACAAGGGCGCCGACAUUGAGGCCAAGGACAAGAAGGGUCAGACGCCUCUGCUCUGUGGUGGGCCACCCGGAAUGGGCACGGGGCCGUCGUCAAGAUGCUGCGAUAAUAUUUCUGAUAAUGGCGAGGCGGCGGGUGGGCCGUAUGAAGCGCGGGUAACGCAGGACAGUUCGCAAUCGCAAUGGCAUUUAAAGGAGACGGAGAUGAAACGUCUGGAUGACGUAGGGAAGUUCCUAAAGGAUCUUCGAGAAGCAGUAGAGACUGCUGAAUCUGGAAAGCAAACCAUUCAGCCAGAUGAGCGCAUUGCUCGUAUUCAUGGAUUUCCUUCCUUUAUUUCCCUCAUUAGCGGAGAUGAUACUAAGUCAGGCGAUCCUCCCCCUAUCGCGGUUCAACUAGCCAUCCUGUGUUUUAAGAUGGCCGCAGCUGAACUCUGGUUAUCCUGGGGAGUAAAGCCAGGUGUUGUUCUUGGCCACUCCUUACAAGAAUAUGCGGCGUUGUAUGCUUCUGGUAUAUUGUCAGCAAGCGAUAUAAUAUAUCUCGUUGGUGAGCGAGCGCGUCUCGUUUCGGAAAGCUGCACUCCUGACACCCACGCCAUGUUGGCGGUUCAGGCCCCGGCAGGCUUGGUUAUGCCAGUUCUGGAGAAAUUUAAUGUUGAGAUGACCUGUCUGAACAGUCCAAAAGAGGUAGUUCUUGGUGGUCUCUCCGUUGAGAUAUCUAGAGCUGCGGAACAACGAAGGGCGGAUGGCAUCGCCUGCACCAAGCUCCAAGUUCCAUUUGCCUUCCACUCCAGCCAAAUAGACCCGAUCCUGGAUAACCUCGAAAGGGUUGCCCAGUCGAUCAAUUUUUUCCCGCCAGAGAUUCCAUUCAUAUUCUCACUACUAGGAAAACCAGUUCAAGCCGAUGAGGUUGGGCCAACGUAUAUCCGUCGUCAUGCUCGCGAACCGGUGAGGUUUGCCGAUGCAACACUCUCGGCACAAAAGAUGGCAGAGGUUGAUGACAAGGUGCUCUGGUUAGAAGUCGGACCGCACGCCAUCUGUACCAACAUGAUGAAGGCAACCAUUGGCGCUAGCACGAUCGCAAUUCCAACAGCUCGCCGUAAGGAGUCAAUACGCAGGGUUCUUGGUCAUGCUAUGAGUGUUUUGCAUUGUUGCGGCAUAAACUUGGACUGGAACGAGUUUCACCGGGACUUUUCAAGGUCAACAGCGCUGGUCAACCUCCCCUCGUACUCGUUCGAGCAAAAGAACCACUGGAUUCAGUACCAGGGCGAUUGGACACUGUCAAGGAAAAAAAAGCUCGACUGCCACCGCCAUAGUGCCCAAGAAGACGCUAUCAACUACGGCAGUGCACUCGGGGUUCAAGACGGUGUUUGA